AUGCACCCCACUAGAAGGGCGCUCAACCUGAUCAAGACUCUGAUCUUGAUGCUCACGUUUUUAUGCAUUGUGGUAGAAAUUAUUCAAAUUGUAGUUGGGGCCGUUCUCCACCACAUGUUUUCGACGUACACCGCGUUCAUAGACAAUGACUUCAUACGAGCGACCCAUUUCCUGAUAGCUGUCGGUAUCGUCUUGGUGUUUCUGUCCAUAUUCGGAAUCGCGGGUAUUUGGUUCGAAAAUGUGGUCAUGAUUUUUAUGUUUGCAGGCAUAUUCGGUAUGGUUGUUAUUCUCGAAGUUAUCCUCGCUGUGGCAGCGUUUUCAAUGUACAACCGAGUGGACAGGAUGCUCGAUCGUCGGAUGCGCAAUGUGAUACAACGGUUCAAUUCGGACAGGUUUAUGCGAGCGAGCUUUAACCACAUGCAGAAUGAGUUUGACUGUUGUGGUAUCACAUCAUAUGACGAUUGGCAAUAUUUCCAUCCUGGGCAAGAUCUACCCAAUUCAUGCUGCCGUCAGCGGGACGAAGGAUUCUGCAUGCCCCAUGAGCGAGGAUGCCAAACUCCAAUGGCCGAUUUCAUAGGAUCGCGAAUUAGUAUGAUUGCUACCGGAACCACGAUCAUCAUCGUAUUCCAGGUCGUGUGCAUAGUUACUGCAGUUAUCAUGGCAGCCCGAUUGAUGAUGCACAAACGACAGCUUAGAGCUAACGCCAUAAGUGGCAUUGCGCCUGCUCCUUCGCCCAUCCUGACGGAAAAACCAAAGUUUUAA